GUCACGAUUGACGGCUUUCUAUCGGACGCUCAGAUGGAGGCUGGCGGCAGAGUAGCCUGGCGGCAGAGUAGCCGGGCCGGGAGGGCGCGUGUGCCACUCCUAGCUGCCCCUUGCGCAGGCGCUCGUCACGACCACCAUGGGCAAGAUGGAGCGCUCGACUGACGACGGCACGGUGAGUGCGGACGGCGAGGUUGCCAAGGAGGUCUCCUCGCGCCGCACCUCGAGCAACGCGUGGUGCAUGGCGGGCUGCGAGGCGGACAGGCACGUGCGGGCGCUGUCGGGGCGGAUCGAGGCGCUGACGGGCAUCAGCCGGCAGCACUACGAGCAGUACCAGGUCCUGAGGUACGACCCGUCGCAGCGGUACGUCCGCCACCACGACUAUGUCCCUCGGCCCGGCCAGACCUUCGCAGAGCCGCACGGGCCGCGCGUACUCACCGUCUUUCUCUACCUCUCUGACGUGGAGUCGGGGGGCGAGACCGCCUUCACCGACCUGUCGCCCCCCAUCGCCAUCCUCCCAAAGCGCGGCCGCGCCCUCGUCUGGCCGUCGGUCCUCGCCGACGACCCGACGACGCAAGACGCGCGCACGCACCACGAGGCGAGGCCGGUGGGGAGGGGGGUCAAGCUGGCGGCAAACACGUGGAUCCACCUGCACGACUAUCGGCUCCCGAACCUAUGGGGCUGCACCGGCUCCUUUGAACAGUGAGUCACAGACUUUUAUCGUGUGCUGCUCGUGUGGCCUUAAAUUCAGCCGCACCUCGA